AUGACUGAUGCAAAUGCUGCUUCCUUCGAGGCGUUUCUUCGAGAAUGGAUGGUGCGGCAGAAGGAUUUGCUCGACGAGCUGCUCUCUGCUCAGCGACACCGCGAUGAACUGCACGACGAUGAUCGCAGAGAGUUGAUUUCUCGGGUGCUUUCCCACUACGAGCAGUACUACCAAGAGAAAUCCAGAAUCGCGAACCGCGACAUCCUCCUCGCUUUCUCUCCCUCGUGGUUCAGCUCUCUGGAACGAUCCUUUCUCUGGAUCGCGGGAUUCAAGCCGGGGAUGGUGAUUCAGCUCGCGAAUCAGGUUUUGGAUGAUCUGUCGGAAGAACAGAGGGAGAGAAUGAGUGAGCUCAACCAGGAGACGAAGUCAGAAGAACGAGCGCUUAACGAUGAGUUAGCGAAGAUUCAGGAAAGCGUCGGAGCAUCGCCGCUGGUGGAGGCGGCGAGAAGCCACGGGCGAUCGUGUUUGAGUGAGUCGUAUAGAACAGAGGAGGGUGGCGGUGAAGUACCAGAGACGCUGAAGAUUGCAUUGGAGAAUUUGGUGGUGAAUGCAGACACAUUAAGGAUGAACACAGCGUUGAAGGCGAUGAAGAUAUUGAAGCCGUAUCAGGCUGUGAAUGUGCUGGUGGCUGUGGCUGAGCUUCACAUCAGGAUUAGAACGUGGGGCCUGGAAAAAGACGCUCAUCAGGGUGGUGCAGGUCGGUAG